UACAAGGAGGGCGGCAGACGCUGUUAAGUGGGAGCAGGUUUUGUCAGGGAAGUAUGCGCUGAAGGCCGCGUGGACAGCACCGGGGUAUAAGAAGCGGCCGAAGGGCAGGACGUGGCAUUCUGUGGCAACGGACGGCGUGGACUGAGCAGCAGAGAUGAAAUUACUGGUUUUGGUGUUGAUGGCGGUGGCGGCGUGCCACUCGGCGCCGCAAUUCGCGCCUCCGCCCAACGUGCUCCUGGAGUUCGGCGUGGACAGCAACGGGUGCACUGUGGCGCCCACCGGCAUGGUGUGCCCAUGGGGACCCGUUCAGUUCACCGGCGAAGCCAAGGGCGUGGACAAGCCAUGGGUGCCUCCCCCGCGCCAGGAGGUGUACCAUCAGCCCGCCGCCUAUAACAACCACCACGCGGCCUUCACGGGGCUGGUGGGACCGUCCGGAGUGAUCGGACCCUCCGGCCUAGUGGGACCCGCAGGACCCGUUGCCUUUGGUUAAGAAGCGUCGCAUGAUAAGGAAAGCAUUGUAUGGGCCACUCGAAGCGUGAAAUAUAACGUGCCAUAAAUAUUUA